AUGAUUGAGGAUGACAUCUACCGGACUUCCUCCCAAUUUCGAUUAUGGUCGUAUACCGAGGCGUCUCUUCGAUCCCUCCGAGAAAAGACUAAUGCCAUUGCAAGUGAACGCGUGAGGGCCGCAUUGCGCCGCGCUAAGGAAGCGCACCAGUCAACCACCUCAGCGAAUGGAACACCCCAAACAGGGAGCGAUGGCGAGGGGAAAAAGAUGGAUGACAAGGAGAUCGACUGUUUGACACCAGAGGAAGAGCUAGCGUUUGUGCGAUUUUAUUGCGAGAAGACUCUCGAGCUUGGCGAAACCUAUAAACCGGCGUUGCCUACGAUGGUUCGAGCUACCGCAAUACAAUAUCUCAAACGAUUUUAUCUGACGAACUCUCCGAUGACAUACCACCCGAAGUCCAUCAUGGCCUGCGCAUUAUUCCUUGCAACCAAGACAGACAACUAUUACAUGUCUCUCAGGCAGUUCGCGGAAGGUAUCCCAGGCAAAAAGCCUACAACGCAGGAGGAGGUCAUUGGUCCAGAGUUCUUGCUAAUGCAAGGUCUUCGGUUCACUUUUGACGUCCGACAUCCAUUCCGCGGCCUCGAAGGAGGAAUCAUGGAACUACAAGCCAUUGCAGAGGGCCAAGGGCAGCCAGGGCCUCAUCUUACCCACCAGACCCCGCAACAGCUUCAACAGAAGCUUCUCGCGAUUUCUCCCGGUCCUGUUCGCGCAUCCUCGAUAUCAGAUCGCAUUGGGCGGGCCCAUGGUACGACUCGAGAAAUCCUCAAAACAGCGGCGCAAAUGACAGACGCUUAUUUCCUCUACACACCGUCACAAAUAUGGCUCUCAGCCCUCCUUCUCGCCGACCGCCCCCUGGCGGAGUUUUACCUUGAUACCAAAUUGGGCGGCCCUCUCACAUCCACAGACAUUAAACCCGACCCAUCUGAUCUUCAGAAUCCUUUAUAUGAUCUCCGCACAAAACUUCUGAGAGUCCUCACAGACUGCUCCGCUCUUCUGCAGGCGUACCAGCCUCUCUCUUCUGACCCAGGCCAGAUGGCAGAUCUUCAGCGGAUAGCAAAGAAACACCAUCAUUGCUUGAAUCCUGAGAAGAAGCUGGCUCCAAAACGUACCCCUGCUGGGACGGAGGCAUCGCCAGCCCCUGCCUCUGAGAGCGAAACAGAGCGGCUUGCGAAAAAGCGCAAAUUAGAGGCCGAGAAGGCCCGUAGUUCUCAGGAUAUUUUUGGACCAGAACUGGUCACUGAACGUACCAAACAAUAA